AUGAACAUCCGCUACGCCACCGAAGCCGACACCCCCACCCUCGCCGAGAUCAACAUCGUCAGCUUCCAACACGGCCCUUUCUACCGCGCCACCUUCCGCAAUGUCGACCCGCGCGUCGCCAUCCCCAUGAAACACGCCCGCGGGCUCUCCAAGCUCACCAACCCGCGCACCCACCUCCUCGUCGCCACCGAUGCUGCCGAGCAGAUCCUCGGCACCGCGCGGUGGCUCUUCCCGGCGUCCAGUCCCGCGCGGGAGACAGGGGCGAUCGCGAUCUCCGACGAGGGACGGGCCAAGGCCGCCCAGGUGGAGGAGCUGCGGCCGCAAGGGAUGAAUCUGGCGGUGUAUGAGGAGUUUCUGAAGGUGUUGGAGGAGACGCGGGCGACGCAUGCGAAGGAGGAUGAUAUCAUGUUGGAAUUGCUGGCGACGUAUCCGCAGCAUCAGGGCAAGGGCGUUGGGUCGGCGCUGUUGAGGUGGGGGCUGCAGAAGGCAAAUGAGAUAGGAGCACGGAUUUAUCUCGAGGCAACGGAUGAAGGGUAUCCGCUGUACUGCCGGUAUGGAUUCACGGAGAUUGGUGAAAUUGUGAUGGAUUACUCGGUGUAUGGUGGCGACGGGAGUCAGCGAUAUGUGGUAAUGGUUAGGGAUCCUGAUCCGGUGUCUACAGAAGAACGUACGGAGUAG